ACUCCUAUAACUCUUCUUUCUGUUGCCAUUGCAAUUCCUCAUUGCAAUGGAGUGUAAUCUCUUCCCGAAUAGGCCACUACUCCCAGUCCCUGCAAACACACCAACAACACAACCUUUGAAAUUAAAGUCAACACUUUUUCCAUUUUUUCACUCUCCACCACCUCCUCCUCCUCCUUCCUUUCAUGUGGAUUCUCUUAUCCAACAUCUCCAACACCUCUCUUCUGCUCCCAUCACCACUCACUCCCUCACACUUGUGCCUCCAAUUCAUGAUGACAGGACCCAUUUCAAUUCUCUCCGAAAUCCUCUUGAUUCAACUGAACCACAGCUACCCACUUCAGCUUCUGCCACCAGAAUUGGUUAUGAUCAACUUGAGGAUGCAAAGUUUGGAUUUUUAUCAGCCAGGGGUAAGUUGAUGCUCAAUUCAAUUGUUGGGUCACCUUUGCAUAGUUUAAAUGAUUUCUUCAACUCUGCCAAAUUUGAAUUGCUUGAAGUUGAUAUUCCCAGCCUCUUGAAAGCUUUAGACCUUUCUGGCAACUGGGAAAGAGCCCUUUUGUUGUUUGAAUGGGUUUGGUUGCAUUUUGGGUCUGAAAAUAUGAAGGUGGACAAUCAGGUUGUUGAGAUUAUGGUUAGAAUAUUGGGGAGAGAAUCACAGCAUUCUAUUGCAUCCAAGCUGUUUGAUUUAAUUCCUGUUGAAGAAUACUCACUUGAUAUCCGGGCUUACACCACUAUUCUUCAUGCAUAUGCUCGCACAGGCAAGUAUAAGCGAGCUAUUGAUAUGUUUGAGAAGAUGAAGGAGACUGGUCUUGAUCCAACUUUGGUAACUUACAAUGUUAUGCUUGAUGUUUAUGGCAAGAUGGGUCGUUCUUGGAAUAAAAUCUUGGACCUAUUGGAUGAGAUGAGAAACAAAGGGCUUGAGUUUGAUGAGUUUACAUGCAGUACUGUGAUCUCUGCUUGUGGGAGAGAGGGUAUGCUAGAUGAAGCAAGGAAAUUUUUUGCUGAGUUAAAAUUGAAUGGCUAUAAACCCGGAACAGUUACAUAUAAUUCUCUGCUGCAGAUUUUUGGAAAGGCUGGAGUUUACAUAGAGGCCUUGAACAUCUUAAAAGAAAUGGAGGAUAAUAAUUGUUCACCUGAUUCUGUUACUUACAAUGAGCUUGUGGCAGCAUAUGUAAGAGCUGGAUUUCAUGAUGAAGGGGCUGCUGUCAUGGAUACAAUGACAAGAAAAGGAGUAAUGCCAAAUUCUGUUACAUAUACCACUGUGAUAAAUGCCUAUGGUAAGGUUGGAAAGGAGGACAAGGCGUUAAAGUUGUUCAGCCAGAUGAAGGAGUUGGGUUGUGUUCCGAAUGUAUGCACUUACAACUCUGUUCUUGCAAUGCUAGGCAGGAAGUUGAGAUCAGAAGAUAUGAUUAAGGUUCUCCGUGAAAUGAAAUUGAAUGGAUGUGCUCCUGAUCGUAUUACGUGGAACACCUUACUUGCUGUAUGUGGUGAUAAGGGUAAGCACAAUUAUGUUAACCAGGUUUUAAGGGAAAUGAAAAACUGUGGAUUUGAGCCUGACAAAGACACUUUCAAUACAUUAAUUAGCACAUAUGGUCGGUGUGGAUCUGAAGUUGAUGCUGCAAAAGUAUAUGGGGAAAUGGUUAAAGCUGGUUUUACUCCUUGUAUAAUGACUUAUAAUGCUCUUCUAAAUGCUCUUGCAAGACGAGGUGAUUGGAAAGCAGCAGAAUCUGUUAUCCUGGACAUGCAGAACAAGGGCUUUAAGCCUAAUGAUACUUCAUACUCACUGUUGCUUCAUUGCUAUUCUAAGGAUGGGAAUGUCAAGGGGUUAGAGAAGGUUGAGAAAGAAAUUUAUCAUGGUCAUGUCUUUCCUAGUUGGAUGCUUUUGAGAACCCUUGUCAUUGCAAACUUCAAGUGCAGACGGCUCAAGGGAAUAGAAAGGGCAUUUCAGCAAUUGCAAAAGAAUGGAUACAAACCUGAUUUGGUUAUAAUAAACUCCAUGCUUUCAAUGUAUGUCCGAAACAAGAUGUUUGAGAAGGCCCAUGAAAUGCUACAUUUUAUUCACAAAAGUGGGUUGCAGCCAAACGUUUCAACCUAUAAUAGCUUGAUAGACUUGUAUGUUCGAGAGGGUGAGUGUUGGAAAGCUGAAGAAAUGAUCAAGGAAAUUCAAAACUCGGGUCAGAAGCCAGAUCUUGUGUCUUAUAAUACUGUCAUCAAGGGAUUUUGCAGACAAGGGCUCAUGCAGGAGGCUAUUAGAGUUCUAUCAGAGAUGACAACUAAUGGGAUUCGACCAUGUGUCAUUACAUACAAUACUUUCUUGACAGGAUAUGCAGGGCAGGGGUUGUUUUCUGAAGCAGAUGAAGUCAUUAGAUAUAUGAUUGAGCACAAUUGCAGGCCCAAUGAGCUAACUUACAAGAUUGUAGUUGAUGGUUAUUGUAAAGCAAGGAAACAUGAAGAAGCAAUGGACUUCUUGUCUAAGAUUAAGGAGAUUGAUAUCUCUUUUGAUGAUCAAUCUGUGAAAAGGUUAGCUUCUUACAUUAGGGAGAUUUUGGGGUCUUGACUUUGUGAAUUAUCCCUUUGGGUUUCCUUUUUUUUUUUAAUACGUUGGUUAAUACAAGUCCAUCAGUUGUUGCAAGUCUUUAGCAUGAAUCAGAUUUGGACUUUUGGCAACUCCAUUUGUACUAUAAAAUUAAUAACAGCACCAUUCCACAAUAAAAUAAGGCAUGGAAUAUAUUGAAUCCGCCUAUCUGUGAAUG